AUGUCUCCGGCCAGAGCGCGGGAGCCCGGAGCCCAGGGCCAGCUCCGCCCGGCUCCACGGCCACCCCCGCCGCGCCGCGCCGCGCUCUCGCGAGACCCAGGCCCCGAGUCGCCGGCAGCCCACGCCCCUCCGCGGGAGCCAAUGAGCUCCGCCGUCCGCUCGCGUCAUCGCCCGGCGCCGGGCAUCCGGCGGAGCUCUCUGCGGCUGAUCCCAGAGCUGCUGACGGUGGGGAUUCCCUCAGUGCAGCGACCCCACGGCACCUACCUCCUGGCAACCCUGCGGUCCCUGUUCCAAGCUUCCUCAGCACACGACCUGGAGUGCAUGCUGGUGCUGGUCCACCUGUCAGACCCUGACCCCGCUUGGCUCAGACAGUCGCCAGUAUCUCAGAGGUCUUCGCGCCGCACAUUGCUCGUGGUCCAUGGUCUCCUCGGUGGCUCCGCACUGAGGCAUGAGAACCAGUUCUCCACCUGCCAGUCGCUUUAUUCCAGGCAGAAGGUAGAUUAUGCCCUCCUCAUGCACUUUGCCAGCAACCUUUCCGAGUACUUCCUGCUGAUGCAGGACAGAGUCCGGUGUGCCCCCAGAUUCUUGUCUGCCAUUUACUGGGCGGCGCUGGCCUGGAAGGACCUCCCUUGGGUGGUCCUAGAGUUCUCCAGCCUGAGAUUGUCUGGGCGAGUUUUCCACAUGCGUGACCUCACUCACCUGGCUUCCUUCUUCCUCCUCUUCCCCGAGGACACUCCCACUCACCCACUACCAUCGAAUUUUGCUUCCUCUUGGUUCGGACAGCUCCAGUCAUACUUAAACACAGGCGGGUAG